UAUUCACAUUCGCUUUAUACUUUAUUUAAUUUCUAAUUACGAUCUUCAAGACUAGAACCAGCUAAUAGAUUCUAUAGCUUUACAAGGACCUUGGAUUAAAUAAAUAGACUUGAAUUAUGCUGUCCUUUUUAUCAAGAUAUUAUUUAGUCACAGAAGUUAACAAAAAUAGUUCUUUAGCUUGUUUUAGAUUUCAUUUACAAAAUAAAGUUCAAUAUUAUGCAGCAAUUUCAGUGCUAAAAGCAGGAUUAAAGACAUCAAAUUUAAGGGACACAAAGGAUAGAAAAUCACAGGGACUGCCUGUAAAAUUACCUAUUCCUGGAGUAAAUAAUGUGAUCGCUGUAGCCUCUGGUAAAGGUGGUGUUGGUAAAUCUACCAUUUCAGUCAACUUGGCUUUGGCUUUGGCACAAAACAGUGUACACAAAGUUGGCCUCUUAGAUGCAGAUAUUUUUGGACCAUCCAUACCAACUUUAAUGAAUUUAUCAGGACAACCAGAAAUAAAUCACCAAAAUUUGAUGAUACCUUUAUUAAAUUAUAGUGUGAAAUGCAUGUCUAUGGGAUUUUUAGUGGAUGAACAGUCUGCAGUUGUGUGGAGAGGUCUUAUGGUUAUGUCGGCUAUUCAAAAGCUCUUACGAAAUGUUCUAUGGGGACCAUUAGACUUCUUAGUUAUUGAUAUGCCUCCAGGAACUGGUGAUGUUCAACUUUCAAUAACCCAAAAUAUUCCACUCUCAGGUUCUAUAGUAGUAACGACUCCCCAAGAUCUUGCAUUAUUAGAUGCAAGGCGAGCUGUAGAUAUGUUCCGACAAGUGAAUGUACCCAAUUUAGGAAUUAUUGAGAAUAUGAGUGUAUUUGUUUGUCCCAAAUGUAACCAUCAUGAGCAUAUAUUUGGUCAAGAAGGAGGGCAGAGCAUAGCCAAUGAAAUUGGAUCUGAAAUUUUAGGGUCUAUUCCACUUGUAAAAGAAUUAUGUUUUUUAUCCGAUAAUGGGCAACCUGUAGUUGUUGCUGAACCAGAGAACCCUGUUAGUCUUAUUUUCAGAUCUAUUGCAGAUAAAGUAGUAAGGAAGCUGUCAAAGUAGAUGUAACCUAUUCAUUGUUUUUGUCAUUUCUAUGAAAAGAAAUAAAAAUAUGAAGAUUUUA